ACACAUUUCACACACACUUGAACACACACUCUCCGGCUGUGGCGCUCCACGCGUGCAGCCUGGAAACAGACCAACCUGCAGUCUGAGAACUCUUUCUACCUCUGUGUGAUAAUCUGAACCCUCAAAUCUUCAUAAUCUGGAGUUAAUCUGAGGAGUUUGAGUCCGGCUCAUGUGAGCAGGGAGCGAAACGAGCCCAGGCAGCGUGACCAGGAUCCAGGCUGCUGCAGCUCCCUUUUCUCCUUUAAAAGUCGGGUUUUCACUUUUAUUUUUGUUGGAUUUGAAACUUUGAGCCUCCGGGGACGAACCACGGAGGACAUGCGGAGCUUCGUGGUGCUUUUGGCCGUGCUUUCCCUCCUUUCAGCGGGGUCGAGGGGCUCCGUAGCCGCGGGGGAGAUGCAGAGCUCCGCGGCCGAGGAGGAGAGCGCUGCGCCCGGGGAGAGCAGCUGCCCUGGCCGCUGUCGGUGCGAGGAGGACGGGCUGCUGCUGCGGGUGGACUGCUCGGACCUGGGACUCCGGGAGAUCCCGAGCAACCUGAGCGUGUUCACGUCCUACCUUGAUCUCAGUAUGAAUAAUCUGACGGUGAUGUCCAGCGGAGCUCUGUCCAACCUGCACUUCCUGGAGGAGCUACGUUUGGCGGGAAAUGAUCUGUCCGUCAUCCCCAAAGGAGCAUUCAACGGCCUCUACAACCUCAAAGUUCUGAUGCUCCAAAACAACCAGCUGAAGUCCGUCCCCGCUGAGGCCUUCAACAGCCUGCACAACCUGCAGUCCCUCCGUCUGGACGCCAACCACAUCUCCAGCGUUCCCCUCGGCUGUUUCUCCGGCCUGCGCUCGCUCCGUCACCUGUGGUUGGACGAUAACUCUCUGACCGAGGUGCCGGUUGAUGCGCUGAGCGAGCUGCCCUCCCUUCAGGCCAUGACCCUCGCCUUGAACCACAUCAGCCACGUCCCGGAUCACGCCUUCAGCAAGCUGGGCCGCCUGGUAGUGCUGCAUCUCAACAACAAUAGGAUCGUUUCCAUGGGAACGAACUGCUUCCACGGACUCCACAGUUUGGAGACGCUGGAUUUGAACUACAACAAUCUGGUGGAGUUUCCAACAGCCAUCCGCUCGCUGAGCCACCUGAAGGAGCUUGGUUUUCAUAGCAACAACAUCCAGUCCAUCCCGGAGCACGCCUUCACUGGAAACCCCUCUCUCAUCACCAUAUUUUUCUACGACAACCCGAUCCAGUCUGUUGGGCGGUCAGCUUUCCAGAACCUUCCAGAGCUGCGAACACUCUCUCUGAACGGAGCCGCGGAUCUCACCGAGUUUCCAGAUCUGACAGGAACCAAGAGCCUGGAGAGCCUGACUAUAACUGGAGCUCGGAUCACCUCUCUGCCUGCUUCCUUGUGUGAGCAACUCCCAAACCUUCAGCUGCUUGACCUCUCCUACAAUCAGAUCCAGAGUCUGCCCAGCUUCUCCGGCUGUGAGAGCGUCCAGAAGAUUGAUCUUCACCAUAACGAGAUAGAGGAAGUGGAGGAGAACACCUUCCACGGUCUGAUGUCUCUACGCUCUCUUGAUUUAUCGUCCAACAGGCUGACAUCGGUGAAGAUGAACUCGUUCUCUGCUCUGCCUGCUCUCACUAAACUUGACCUGUCGUCCAAUCAACUGUCAUCCUUGCCUCUGAUUGGGUUACAGAGUUUAACUCACCUACGAUUGGCUGGAAACACACAACUGAUGGAGCUACUCCCUCGAGAAGACCUGCCCAGAGUCAGGGUGAUCGAGCUUCCCUACGCCUUCCAGUGCUGUGCCUUCAUCUCCUGUGAGAGGAGAGGAGGAGGAGGAGGUUCAUCCUGGGAGAGAGAGGAGGCGGCAGCAGACUCCACAGGGAAAGAAACCUCCAUCCUGUCCAGCCAAGUGGACCAGGACUGGGAGGAUUUUCUUCUGGAGUUUGAGAAUGAACCAAAACUGGAACACUCGGUCCACUGCAGUCCUGCACCAGGUCCGUUCCGUCCUUGCCACCAUCUGCUCGGCAGCUGGUUGAUCCGUGGAGGGGUGUGGCUGAUCGCAGCUCUUUCAUUGGUCAGCAACACCCUCGUCGUCCUGUCGGUCUUCUUCUCCCCUGCCUCCUCAGUGACAACUCCCAAGCUGCUGAUUGGUCUCUUGGCCCUGGUGAACGGCCUGAUGGGAGUGUGGAGUGGCUGGUUGGCUGUAGUGGAUGCCUGGACGUUUGGAAGCUUCUGGAGGUAUGGUGCAACGUGGGAGAGCAGCUCCCUGUGUCGACUUAGCGGCUUCCUGUGUCUGUUCACGUCUCAGACUGGCCUUUUCCUGCUAACCCUUGCAGCACUUGAGCGAUGCCUAAAUGUCGCACACGGCUACAACAAAACUGAUGGACAUAAAGGACCCUCCUCAUCUCCAUUCGCCAUCCGUCUGUCCAUCUGUCUCUGCUUCCUGUUGGGCCUGGCUGUCACACUGCCACCCCUGGUGGCUGGACACAGCAGUACCUCCCUCUGUUUGCCAUUACCUUCCUUUUCCUCCUCUUCCUCUCUGGCCUUCUCAGUCUCUCUGGUUCUCUUCGACUCGUUGUGUUUCCUCUUCAUGACCCUCGCCUACACUCGCCUCUACUGUGGGGUCAACAAAGCUCCUCCCGCCUCAGAAGAAGAGGCAGCGCUGACUCGACAUGUGGCCUGGCUCCUCUUUUCCGACUGCCUCCUCUACCUCCCUGUCGCCUUCCUCUCCUUCUCCUCCCUACUACACCUCCCCGCUGCCGGGCCAGAGGCCGCUAAAGGAGUUCUGCUACUUGUGGCUCCGCUGCCAGCCUGUGUCAACCCACUGCUCUACAUUCUCUUCAACCCGCUGGCCCGGCAAGACCUGGCAGCAAUCGCCAAAUGCUCCUGCAGGUGUGUUAGGGUGCCCAGACUCCUCAGAGGAGGAUGCGGAGCUGGAGGAAGGUCAAGCAUGAAGGAUCCAAUGUAUGAUGAGGAUGCAGAGAAGCAGUCCUGUGACUCGACGCAAGCGCUGGUAGUAUUUGAGUCCAACUCGAUCUCUUUUAAUUUUCUCUGUUUAUUUUUGUCUCUUUGUUUUGUUUCUUCUGCUAUAACAUGAACAAAAGAGCUGAGAAAGCCAAUCAGAACUCAAAGGAUGGAUCAGUGAAAAAUGAAGACUGGAGUAUGUUCUGCUCUCUGAUUGGUCAGUUCAAGCUCCAUAAACACAGACCCAUGGGCAGCAUGAGCAGGCGACAGCUUUUAUUCUGAAAUAUGACACCAUUUACAGGAUCGUGUUACCACCAGCCAAAUGUUCAACCAAAUGCUGCCGAGCUUUUUGUCUGUGUUUGUCUGCCUCUCUGUGUGUGGGUCGUUGGUUAAUAUGUUUUUGAGAGCGUGUGUGAAAACUGCAGCAUAUGUGUGAGAUUUUUCACAAAGCAGCGCCCUCGUAAACUGAAAACAGGAAUUAGGAGACAAACAGGAAGUAGGACUGAAAAUACAAGACUGAUAUCAAGG